AUGCAGCUGAACAAUAAUGUGACUGAAUUCAUCUUACUUGGGUUGACCCAGGAUCCACUGAGGAAGAAAAUAAUAUUUGCCAUAUUUUUGUUUUUCUAUUUGGGUAUGUUGGUGGGUAACUUGCUGAUUAUCACCACUAUCAAGACCAGUCAGGUGCUCAGCAGUCCAAUGUACUUCUUCCUUUUCUACUUGUCCUUAUCUGACACCUGCUUCUCUACUUCCAUAGCUCCUAGAACACUCGUGGAUGCCCUUUCAAAGAAGACCACUAUUUCCUUCAACCAGUGUGUAAUCCAAGUCUUUACAUUGAACAUCUUUGGCUGUAUGGAAGUUUUCAUCCUCAUCCUUAUGGCUGUUGACCGCUAUGUGGCCAUCUGUAAGCCACUGCACUACAUGACCAUCAUGAGCCACCGGGUCUGUAGUGUGUUGGUAGCUGUGGCCUGGGUGGGGUCCUGUGUGCAUUCUUUAGUUCAGAUUUUUCUUGCCUUGAGUUUGCCUUACUGUGGUCCCAAUGAAAUCGAUCACUACUUCUGUGACUUGGAACCCUUGUUGAAGCUCGCCUGUGCAGACACAUAUGUGAUCAACCUACUCCUGGUGUCCAACAGCGGGGCCAUUUGUACAGUUAGUUUUGUCAUGUUAAUGUUCUCCUAUGUUAUCAUCUUGCAUUCUCUGAGAAACCACAGUGUGGAAGGGAGGAGAAAGGCCCUCUCCACCUGCAUCUCUCACAUCAUUGUGGUCAUCUUGUUCUUUGGCCCUUGCAUAUUUAUAUACACACGACCUGCAACCACCUUCCCCAUGGAUAAGAUGAUAGCAGUGUUUUAUACCAUUGGAACACCUUUGCUCAACCCUCUGAUUUACACACUGAGGAAUGCAGAGGUGAAAAAUGCCAUGAGGAAGUUGUGGAGUAAGAAACUGGUCUCAGAUGAUGUGAGAUGAAUGGAGGUUUUCAAUCCUCAUUAGUUUGGAUUAAACUAGAAGAAGUAAAUAGAAAAAAUUAACUUCUGGUAGCAGAUUUAUCAGAAUAGUCCCUAGGAAAAGAUGUGUACAUGGACACUGGCUAGUUUGAAUUGAAUGUAUGUAGA